AUGGGAGAGCCGGAGACGAUGGUCGAACGGGGGGAGGGGCUCUGUGAUACGUUAGUUGUUCGCUUAACCCUCGGUUUCGGUAACGGACCAUUUAAGUGCUCCGCCAUUAUACCUCCGCUCAGUGGACUGGCCUCUGGAUCAUGCCAGCAACCCUUAAGCCCUUCUCAAUUAACCAUAUGCGCGACCUGCGUUCAUUCUUCGCUGAAGUCGCAAUCAGCCGAAUCAGCGUGGACGAAGACAACGGAGGCCAGAGAGCAGCAUUGA